AUGUCCAAUUUAGGUGUCCUGAUGCCCGAGCCUGAUUCGGAUUCUGAUGAGGAUGAGCCCAUACCUGAUGCUGUUGCACCAGUACAGAAAGAGCCUGUCACACAUCCCUAUUAUGACAUGUAUAUGCAAGAAUUCCGUAGAUUGCAUGAAGACAAUAAGCGUUUGCAUCGUGACUAUUCUGAACUUUAUGACUGUGUUUGUGAGAUUAAUACUGAGUUUGUGGAGUUUAGAGAAGAGUUUUAUACCUUUAGAGACAAUCAUCAAGCACGCAACCAACAUGUGGAUUCCCUUAUGACCGACAUGCAUAGGGGUGAUAUGAAGAUUGGAGCAUGCUUAGGAUGGUCAAGGGAAGCACUCGGUGAAAUUUCGGAACUUUCGGAGCUAUAUUGA